AUGGCCGCCAACACGCAGCCGGCGAUGCAGCUGGCCGACUACCUCGAGAAGCUGCCGGGAACGACCUUUAGAAAGCUCUACCAGCAGCCCUCGACAGCCUUUGCCAUUUUCCGGCGCAUGCUGCCGCACCUGGCCAAAACCAUUGUGAUGCGCAUGUUGUACAUGUCCGGCCCCAUGAGCCUGGCUGACCUGGACGCCUGGGUCAAGCCCGAAGCGAAAAGACAAAAAGACCAAAUGCUCUCGACGCUCCGCAGCCUGCACAUUGUGCAAAUCUCCGCGCCCGCCAAGGACAAGACGCAAGAAGUCCAGCUCACGACCAACUUCCGCACCUCGAUGCGCCUCGCCCUCACGGGCGGCGGCAACCACAACUCGUUUGGCGUGCCCUCGUCGCUCACCGUCCCCCCCGAAAUCGACGCUCCCUUUCUAGACCGGUACGCGCGCCGCCGCUGGGACGAGAUCCUCCACUUUGUCGUGUCCUCGGUCGGCUUUAAAAGCACCGCUACGACGGCAGCCGGCGGCGAGGGUGGUGGCGGCGGCGGCCCCAACAAGAGCGUCCGCGACAUCCUCAUCGCCGGGCGCCUCGUCGACCGCCGCCCCAGCGGCUCCGUCGGCAUCACGCAGGCCGGCUUCACCUUUCUCCUGCAAGAGGCCAACGCGCAGGUCUGGACGCUGCUGCUGCUCUGGCUCGACGCGCAAGACGCCGAUAAGAACGCGGCCGUCGACACGCUCUCGUUUCUCUUCAUGCUCGCCAGUCUCGAGCCCGGCCGCGCCUACGACACCCACGCCCUCUCGGAGCAGCGCCGCGACAUGCUCCCCGCCCUCGCCGACUUCGGCCUCGUCUACAUCCCGCCCCAGAAGCGCUCCAUGUUCUUCCCCACGCGCCUCGCCACCACGCUCACCAGCGGCGCCAGCAGCGGCCUGCGGAGCAUCAGCGACGGCGUCGCCGCCGCCACCUCGGCCGCGCGCUCCUCCCCCUCCUCCUCCGCCCACCAGCCGGCAUCAUCCAGCGCUGGCAGUGGCCCCCUCGGGGGCGGCUCCGGCGACCAGCCCGGCGCCGUCGUCAUCGAGACCAACUAUCGGUUGUACGCGUACACGCAGUCGACGCUGCAGAUUGCCGUGCUCGCCCUCUUUGCGCGCCUCACCAUGCGCUUCCCCGACAUGGUCGCCGGCCGCCUCACGCGCACCUCGAUCCGGCAGGCCAUCCAGUUUGGCAUCACCGCCGACCAAAUCAUUGCCUACCUCGCCGCCCACGCCCACGAGCAGAUGCACCGCACCGCCGCCCUCACCAACAAGCCCGUCCUGCCCCCGACCGUCGUCGACCAGAUUCGCCUCUGGCAGCUCGAGAAUGAGCGCAUGAAGACCACCCCCGGCUUCCUCUUUCGCGACUUUGACGACCCCAAGGAGUACCAUGAUACACGGCGCUUCGCCGAUGAAAUUGGUGUCCUCGUCUGGAGCGACGACAAGAAGGGUCUGUUCUUUGCCAGCAAGUUUGAGCAGAUUAGGGAUUACCUCAAGAGUAGGAAAAAGGCCGAAUAA